CAUGGUUACUGGUAACUGGUUUUCAGACCUUACUUUAACAAUUGUUUAUCAAGAUUUAAUUGUCAAUUUAUUUUAAUCAGGUGCACUAUUAACAUAUUUGGAUAAUUUUUUUUGUUUUCUGUGUUGUGCUAUUGUGUUUGGCCAGUCCAGCGUUCACUGACAAGGAUUGUGAAGGAUAAAUGGAUACGAAAAAACAGUCGAGUUUUACUGAAGCAGUAAAAUCAAAAUAUCUUGACUAUGAUGGAAUUGAUGAAAACCCAGGUAUACUAUUUCCUACUCUUGCUGGUAAAUCAAAGAGUUUGUUGUAUGAAAGAUCGGAAAAACUAAACUCGCAUCUUAAAGCAUUGGAAAGACGAACCGAAAUUGAUUUGAAAUGCUGUUCAAUUGGAUUUGUUGAUCAUGACUCGGAAAUGUUUGAUAAGCUUAGAAAUGUCCAGAUAUUAGAUGUAUCAUUUAAUCAACUUACUUCUUGGAGACAAAUUUCUGAUCUCGUGAGAAACCUGCAAUCUUUAAGACACAUUAUUGUUACCGGUAAUCCAUUGGAAAUACUGUCAGAUGAUGAGUAUCAACAACUGUCUCAAUAUUUCAGCAAAAUCAAGAUUAUCAUUCUCGGAAAAUUGAAUUAUGACUGGUCAAAGAUAGUCUUAUGUAGCAAAUAUUUAUGGCCGCAAUUAGAAGAGCUGGAUGUUUUCGAUAAUUUAAUAGACUCAAUUGAAGCUCCAGCACCUGAAAUGUUUAACAAUCUUACAACAUUAAUCCUCAAUGGCAAUCAACUAAUAAACUGGAAAUAUAUCAACAAUCUAGGAAAUCUUAAAAAAUUGACUUGUCUCAAACUGGUAAAUUGUGGCAUUGAAUCAGUGGAAAUCGAUGAGAACGAAAAUCUUUUUCUCAGCCUUAAACAUCUCGAUCUUAAAACCAAUCGUCUCAAUUCAUGGAAGGACAUUGCCAAUCUUAACAAACUACCAGCUUUAGAAGAACUCAUUGUUCGUGAUAACCCGUUGUUUGAAGACAUGAACUUCGAUUAUACCUUCAACUUUGUUUUAAGCAUUGUUGGAAGAUUAAAGUAUCUGAAUCGUCAGCAGAUUACAGAUAAUUUACGAAGGGAUGGUGAAAUACAUUAUUUGCGUUUUUAUUAUUCUAAAUACUUGAAAUCUAUUGAAGCUGGAGAUGAAACGUUUUUAGAGGAGAAUCCUAGAUAUCUACAAAUUCUUCAAGAUUACGGAACUCCUUUCGAUCUGUCCGCUAAAAAUAAAGCAAAGAAAGCUCCAAAUAAGCUGAUUGAAUUAACCAUCUGUGAUUUAUCCACGGGGACCAGUAUUAUAAAAAAGAUUCCAAGAACCAUAAUGGUAACAGCACUGAAACAUCUCGUUAAAAGACUUUUAUCGAUUGAUGAUAUGAAAGAGAUAUCUAUAUGGGUUAAAAGCAAAAAUGAUUUCAAUCAAGAAAUUGAAUAUGAAAUGGAUAAAGAUGAACACAACUUAGAUUUCUAUUCGUGUAAAGAUAAUGACUUACUUGUUAUCAAAUACAAUUAGUACAUGCAAAGCUCGUUGCGUUGGUGGCCUCAUGAUCUAAUCAAGAGCAACUUAUAAUUUCUUCUAUCACACGUAAGAAAAGAAGAUUCACCCACUGAAAAAACGACGGUAAAGAUUCGUAUCGCAAGGAUAAUCGCAAUUUUUUACAGACUCAGGCCGUGACACCUAAAAAUUAACAGCAAUGAUAUUUAUAAAGAGAAAGUUUGAAAUUAUUAGAAAGGUGGGAAAUGGAACCAUCGAAAUAGCUCAAAAUGAAGAUAUAUUUUUGGUCUUAGCUUCAAGAAACCAAUUUAGAUUGAAAGGUGAUUAAAUCAUACCUAUUGAAUCGUUUGAAACUGAUGAAGUUAACCAAAUUUCCAGGGUACCUGUAUAAACUCGUUAAUUGGUAGUUAUUAUAUUAACAUAUUAACCUCAAGAAAUGGCCAUUUCUUGAUACCUAGGAAAAGCUUUUCAGCACUCGUAUUUUUCACAUUUUCAUCGUUUCACUUCGCUUAUACCUAUGGUAAACAUGUCACUAUUAACUUCAUUUUUUGUCUAAUUUCCUAUUGCGAUAAUGCUCGAGAUAUUCCUUUCUUAUUAACAUAGCAAUCUUAAAUUAAUUUUACACUUUUAUAUCUCACCGAUUCACCAAAAUACUUACCAAGUCACUAAAAAGGGAAAUUCAUCAAAAUGAUUUAAAUUUAUUGUAAAUUAUGGCUUGCAAAUACAAUUAUGUAAUUAUUAGCAAGUAAUUCAUGGUACAAGGUAUGCUCAUUUUCCUGUAGAUGGGAAAAAAUCAAAAUGUAAUAUUUUCAGGUAAAUAAAAAUAAUUUCUUUUAUUCA